AUGUCUACCACUGAUAUGUUUAACCCUGAUUUGAACAGCUGUGACCAAAGACCCAUGUCUCUCGUGACUAUGCUCAAUGCAGCAGUUCUGUUGCUGAUGUACCAGCAAGUGGCAAGAUCCUUCACGAGUGUUCAUGUUCUCCUCCCACUGAACGGCAGAACUCUCUCUGUACUAGACUUGCAUCAGCUGUGUGAAUAUGUGUUGUGUUUUAUGCGGUGGAGCUGCUGCAAAAGGGAACCGUGGACAGAAUUAGCAACUGCGAAAGCCAUCUUGGAUUCGAAGAUGAAGGCGUUACUCCAAACACGCGCUGUGGUCACGCUCCUGCUGCUGCUCUUGGGGGUCAGGGAGAUGACCCCAAGUCCGGUGGAGGAUGACCUGGACUACGAAGGGGUCAAGGCGCGCUUCGUCAGGCAAAGAGAGGACGAGGACGAAGGAGGGGAGCGGGUUAGGAGGUCGCUCUAUGCACAACUGAUGGAUCUUCGUCUUCCUCUCAGAGAUUUGACGUGGUAUAAGAAAGAACAUGAAUUAAACGGAAUUACUACAAAUAAUCCUUUUAACGUUAAUAAAAGGGUUUUGAUGAUAAAGGCAAGAGAGAGCCUGGAGGUCGCCCACUCCCAGCUCCUCGAGAGGGAAAAACUCGAGCAAGACCUCCAGAAGCGAAACCUCAGCCUCGCCAAGGGAAGCCCCGGGGAGAUCUUCCAGUCUUCCUUCAAGAAAUCCCACCUGUUCGCGGUCCAGGCGGGGUCCCAGGGCUCUCUGUUCGUGCUGGCGACGAAGGAACUCAAGAAGAGACUCAACCUCAGCAACGAAUUCGUGACGUUCGAUCUCCCUUUACAAGAAACCCUCUCCAUAACCAACGAAUUCUGUAACAAAACCAAGACCAGGGAGGUACCUGCCGACUGCGAGGCGUACAGACGGUACAGGUCCAUCGACGGAACCUGCAAUAACUUCAAUAACCCUCUCUGGGGAGCUACAAUGACGCCCCUCCUGCGGUACCUCCCUCCUUUCUACGACGACGAUGACGACGAUGACGAGGACGAUACCACCAAUAAAAAGUAA